GGGAAACUGUGGAUUUAGUAAGGCUCAAUUUCGCCCUCUGCUGUGUGUUUGCGGUUUUUACCACUGCAAUGCACCAAGUGAGCGAGCGGAACCUUGUGCUUUUGUUUCAGUUUCUGUCAGGGAGCGUAAAACUGUGACACCUCUGUAUUAAAGUUGUUUUGAAGUAAGCUAGCUUGUAAAGACAACGAACUAAAAUUCAGCUUUUUUUGUUUUUAUUUUAAAUUUGGCUUCGAAACAUUUUAUGAGUGCAUGUAUAUUUAAAAAUACAACCGUUACUGCAGAAUUUGUUGGUUGUUUUCUGGAGCUUGUAAAUCUCUGCUGCGAGAGAAUGUUGGCAAUGGCGCUAAAAAAUUUUCAUAAGUUGACACCAGUUUUAGGAGCUGCAUAUCAAAGUACAACAUUUGGACAGCCGGUAAAGACGACUUUAUUGGCAGUAAAAUCCUACAGUGCCGGGAAUGGAGGUGAAGACACAGGAACAGUUGCAGGUCAGACUGUGGUCUCAGAGCGAAGGGGAUCCGUGGUUACUGUGGUGAUAAACCGACCUGAGAUGCGUAAUGCGGUGAACCAGGAGACAGCACGGCGUCUACUGGAAGAGCUGCAGGCCUUUGACAGUGACCCAGACUUGAACGUGGCUGUGCUGCACGGGAAAGGAGGGAAUUUCUGCGCUGGUUAUGAUCUGAAAGAGCUGGCCAAUCACACAGGCCCCCCCAAAUUGGAGCAAGAUGUCACUAAGGGUCCCGGUCCAAUGGGCCCUUCCCGUCUGCAGCUGUCGAAGCCGCUGAUAGCAGCAGUGAGUGGUUUCGCCGUGGCUGGAGGGCUGGAACUGGCUCUGCUGGCUGACCUGAGAGUGGUGGAGGAGAGCGCCGUCAUGGGAGUGUUCUGUCGCAGGUUUGGUACGUCUCACACCUCAUGA